GGGUCACUUACCUGUCACCUACCGCAUUGGUCCAGGCUUCAGCAACCCUCAAAGGAAUGUGAAAAUGACCAUCCAUACCACACGAGAGAGGCGGACGACAUAUGACGUCAUCGGUAUCAUCAAAGGGGAGGUUGAACCAGAUCGGUAUGUCGUAAUUGGUAAUCACCGUGAUGCUUGGGUCUACGGAGCUGUAGAUCCGAGUAGUGGUACAGCAGCUUUGAUGGAGGUGUCACGUGCGUUUGGAGAGCUGAGGAAAUCAGGUUGGAAACCAAGGCGAUCCAUUGUGUUGGCUAGCUGGGGUGCUGAGGAGUAUGGUCUAUUGGGUUCUACAGAGUUUGUAGAGGAAUUUCAGAGGAUACUGGCUGCGAGGGCCGUGGCGUACAUCAAUGUUGAUUCUGCCGUGACUGGUAACUACACACUUCAAGUCAAAUCAACCCCGUUGCUCUACCAGGCUAUCUUUGCAGCUUCAAAGAAGGUGCCUGCCCCAGAAGACCUAUCGAUGUCACUGUACGAUACUUGGCGUAAUCGCAUCCCUGUAGAUGCCAACGAUCCCGAUACACUGCCCAGAGUCAGAAAUUUGGGUUCGGGGAGCGAUUUUGCUCCGUUCAUGUACCGUAUCGGGGUACCGGCAGCUGAUCUUCGUUACAAGUACGAUUCUUCGCUUGGCAUAUCCAGCUAUCCUGUUUACCACUCCGUCUACGAGACUUUCUAUUACAUGAAGGUGUUCCUUGAUUACGACUUCCUACGGCAUCAGGCUGUUGCCAGGCUAUGGGCUGAGGUAGCCCGAGACUUGGCCGAGUCGGUCAUCCUGCCCUUUGACUGUACCGAUUACGUGGACAAGAUCACGGGGUCGAUGGACACAGUGAAGGCGGCGUACGAGACACAGAUGAACAACAAAGGAGUUACUUUCGAAUACAUCUACUCUGCUCUGGCUAACUUUUCAGCUGCCGCCACUGAAUUUGAGAAAGUUAUUUCACAAACUGACAAAAAAGAUUUGAUGGCCGUGCGUCAAGUUAACGAUCAACUAAUGCAACUUGAACGAGCUUUCAUUGACCCUCUUGGGCUCCCAGACCGCAAGUUUCUCAGACACAUCGUCUUCGCUCCCAGCAGUAAGAACUACUACGCCGCAGACGCCUUCCCGGGCAUUGUUGACGCUAUGUAUCGGAUCGACGAGGCACCAGACCAAGAUGCACGCUGGGAUAUCGUGCGUCAGCAGAUGGCGGUCACAACUCACGCCAUUCAAUCAGCAGUCAGCACGCUGCAGGAUGUGCUUGCUUUCGAUGGUUAAUCGUGGCUCCUAUUUUCAGUUUGUGCAUACAAAAACAAAUAUGGAAAAAAUUUGUAUGAUUUGUUUUCUUUGUCGUGCCUAUGAAUGAUUGAUGUAGUGAUGUGUUGUCCUUUUCAUACGUUUGAGAAUUUCUUGGCCAGGGGACGUGACUUUUUUGCUAAACCUGAAGUAAAUCUUAGAUUUUUGGAACCACAAAUUUAAUUCUAUUUCUCAAUUAUGUAUUUUAUUAAGCCUAAACAUUAAAUACGUUUUCUUCAACAUAUUUGAGUGUAAUACAGUGUUUCCAGAACAAAAGCAGCAUAAAAUGAGUUUUACUUUUGUGUUUUAAAAGCAUUUCUGUGAACUACAUUAAGGCAGUCUUUGAGAUUAUUAUCAAUCACAUCAAAAGAAAUUUGAAGUCCGUUUUAUUCAGAUAUAUGUUUUCCAACUUUAGUUUCACGAGACAUAUAUUCUUCAGUUUGUUCUUAUGAGACCUGUAUUUAAAAAAGUUGUUUGUAUCGUUGGAAACACAUCUUUUAUGACACGUAUUCUUCCAAGUUCUUUAUUAUUAGAUACAAUUUAAAGUUCGUUUAGGAGUUAUAGUUUUUGAAGAUCGUUUUUAUGAGUUUAAAUUUUCGAAAUUCUUUUUUGUGAGAUAUAAAAUCAUACUUGAACAUAUAUAUCUAUUGAAAACUCACUUUGAAAAAUAUAUCUUAUAAAAGCAAACUUGAUCUAAAUGUGACAUGGAGAUACGAAUGAGGUAUGAAUCUUAAGAAAGGUGUUGCAACAGUGGGUUGAAUACAACUUGCUUGAGGAGACAUCAGCAAGGGUGUGGCAAUGGCACCCUGAGGCAGUGGCCAGGGGGGGUGCGGCUAGGGCCAGAGUACCACAUAAACACUGUAGCAUGGUGUUAGGAAGGCUGUGGUAAUAAUAUUGUGGAGGUGUUUCAUCGCCUGUAUCGAAUCAGCUAUGGCCAGUUGCAGGCCGUUGGAGAAACACGGUGCUUUCUGGAAAUAAAACACCAUUUUUUGGUGAGGUCCCAAUGAGAAAACAAUUUAAAAACAAUUGGAAUUCCUAAACCUAUACGCAGUCAUUAAAAACUCCAGGUCAUAAAAAAUUAUGCCAUAUUUGCAAGGAUUCCAAUUAAAGUUGAAGGAUAAUUUCAUACACUGGUGUCUAUUCCAAGCAAUGAUUUAAAAUUUGUGAAGAUAGAUAA